AUGUACGGGUUGCAGCACAGGAACUCGUCUGCACAUCGCACUCGUCACAUAUUGUGCGCCGAUCAUACGCGAAUUGAUGAGUCACCGUUGGACGAAUCUUUUGUGAAGGCGUCUCAGUCUGAAUCUGCAACGAGGAUUCAAGGUUAUUCAUUGUUUGGUUGGUUGGCUGUGGUUCUACCGCUUUUUGGUCCAAGGAAACAAGGCUAUUCAUCGUUUGGUUGGUUGGCUGUGGUUCUACCGCUUUUUGGUCCAAUCGGCGCCGUCACCGGAUCGUUUAUCAUUAUCAAGCACACAGACUGGUGGUCUCCACCGAUACCCAUACCCGAACAGCAGAAAAUUGGCGGUAUCGCUCGAUCCGCUCCUCUGCGGGGUGAUUCUGUCGCCGUAACGAAACACAUAAAACAUAUAUUCAUUGUCUUUUGCGCUGUAUGUCCUAAACCAGCCGGGCCGCGGGAAACUCAUCUGUACACCACGGCGGUCUCGGUAGAGUGGUGGACGCACCGCUGCUUGACGCAAUCUCUACCCAGUCGUACACGUCCAAUUGACACGUCGCAAAUAAAUGUCAAAUUUGAGAUCCCGAGAGUCGGUUGUCUUUUCUCGUGUCGUACGCGCCUUCUCGUCUACCGACUGAUUCAGACUCGAGUAGGACAUUGGAGUUAUAACGGUCAGAAACUAGUGGGUAGGGAUCGUCAUAACUCAGGCCUAGCUGGUACGUCAGCCAUAGGUCAGNCCCUCAGAGAAAAGUGUUUCAUCCAAGCCGCGCGCCUCGACAUUGUAUUCCUCAGCGAUCUGGUGAUGCGCAGCUGCUUGGGCAGCGAAAACAUAGUAGUCGGUCCACGUGACACUUCGACUUAUGAGCACUUCGGUUUUGGCACAUGCCAACUGACGAACGAAGCUCAACGCAAUAGUGACAAGGUAACCACAGCGCGAUCGUUGUGUCGUUGUCGUUAUGCGUCGGCAUCAUACACCGUUUCCGAUGUGUCGCCAUCAUCGCCAGAAUCUUCAAACGUCUCCGAGAUCACUUCUCAAGGCUGCUUGCUUACUAUUCCCUGCGAAAAUGGAUCACGAAUUGAUUCACCAGCUUGUGCACAGCAACGAAGCGACGAAAUGAGCAAGACCGAAGACGACCGAACUUUCACACCCUACUACCCAACAGUUCCUCAGCAUGAUUUUGAGGUAAUCAAGUGGGUGGGUGCGGGUGGCUACAGAACCGUUUGUAAGGACACGUGGAAAGCAAAUGGAGAAGAGACGGCGGUGAAAAAAGUUGCGCUGUUGAAAGAAGAGGCUGAUGUUUUGUCCCGGAUUCGGCACCGCAGCGUAAUUGAGUUCCAUGGCGUCUCGGAAGACGUUCGGGAUAAGGAGUCUGAACCCUGUAUUGUUACAGAGUACGCCGACGGUGGUAUCUUAUACGACUAUUUUGAUAAUGCGAAUAAUACGACCACUGAUUUCAAGCAAAUUAUCACUUGGGCUUUGCAGAUAGCGUAUGAAGUCGACUAUCUUCAUCAUGACGCACCCGAACCGUAA